UGGAGGUGAAGGACCGCCUGUCCCCUCUCUGCCUGUGCUGUCAAUGGCUUUCGGGACGUAUUUUAUUUGAAUGCCUGGGCGUGAUAAGUGACCAAUAAUGGAUAUUCUAUGGAUAUUAUGGACCAUACCGGCCGUAAUAGCUGUUGAAGAGACACUUAUGGACUCCACUACAGCCACGGCGGAGCUCGGCUGGACGGUCUACCCCGUGUCCGGGUCGAGUGACAAUAGCUGGGAGGAGGUGAGCGGUUACGAUGAAAACAUGAACACCAUCCGGACAUACCAGGUCUGCAAUGUGUUCGACAACAAUCAGAACAACUGGGUACGGACGAAGUACAUCCGGCGCCGUGGCGCUCAGCGGAUCCACGUGGAGAUGAAGUUCUCGGUGAGGGACUGCAGUAGCAUCCCCAACGUGCCAGGCUCCUGUAAAGAGACGUUUAACCUCUAUUACUAUGAAUCUGACGCUGACACCGCCACUAGAACCUCACCCGCUUGGAUGGAGAACCCCUGGAUCAAAGUUGACACCAUCGCAGCAGACGAGAGCUUCUCCCAGGUGGACCUCGGGGGCCGAGUGAUGAAGAUCAACACUGAGAUUCGGAGCUUCGGCCCCGUGUCACGAAACGGCUUCUACCUGGCCUUCCAGGACUACGGCGGCUGUAUGUCGCUCAUUGCCGUUCGCGUCUUUUAUCGGAAGUGCCCCCGUAUCAUCACUAACGGGGCGUUGUUCCAGGAGACACUCUCGGGAGCAGAGAGCACCUCCCUGGUGGCCGCAAGAGGUGUUUGCAUCCCUAACGCAGAGGAGGUGGACGUGCCCAUUAAGUUGUACUGCAACGGAGAUGGAGAAUGGAUGGUACCCAUCGGACGUUGUAUGUGCAAGGCUGGGAAUGAGGCUGUGGAGAAUGGGACCGUUUGUCGAGCCUGUCCGUCGGGCUUUUUCAAGCCGACUCAAAAAGAUGAACCCUGUCUGCAGUGUCCCAUCAACAGCCGCACCACCAGUGAAGGCGCCAUGAACUGCGUUUGUCGCAACGGAUACUACCGCACCGACUCAGAUCCUCUCCAGAUGCCAUGCACAACCGUGCCUUCAGCUCCCCAGACUGUUAUCUCCAGCGUGAAUGAAACCUCUGUGAUGCUCGAUUGGACGCCUCCCCGGGAUUCGGGGGGCCGCGAGGACGUAGUCUUCAACAUCAUCUGCAAGAGCUGUGGCGGUGGCCGGGGAGGCUGCACCCGCUGUGGGGACAACGUCCAGUUUUUGCCCCGUCAGCUGGGCCUGACAGAACCCCGGGUCUACAUUAGUGACCUGUUGGCCCACACGCAGUACACGUUUGAGGUGCAGGCUGUCAACGGGGUGUCAGAUCAGAGCCCCUACUCCCCUCAGUACGCCUCAGUCAACAUUACCACUAACCAGGCUGCUCCAUCGACAGUAUCUAUAAUGCACCAGAUCAGUCGCACCGUGGACAGCAUCACCCUCUCCUGGUCCCAGCCUGACCAGCCUAAUGGAGUCAUCCUGGACUAUGAGCUUCAGUAUUAUGAAAAGGACCAAUCAGAGUAUAACGCUACCGCCAUCAGGAGCCAGACCAACACAGUGGUCAUCCGUGGCCUCAAGUCAGGAAGCAUCUACGUGUUCCAGGUCCGGGCCCGCACCGUAGCCGGCUUUGGACGCUACAGUGGCAAACUGUACUUCCAGACCAUGACCGAGGAGGAAUACAAUACCAGCAUUCAGGAGAAGCUACCUCUCAUCAUUGGCUCGGCAGCUGCUGGCUUGGUCUUCCUCAUCGCUGUGGUCGUCAUCAUCAUCGUCUGUAACCGGCGUGGCUUUGAAAGGGGUGAUUCAGAAUACACGGACAAACUGCAGCACUACACCAGCGGCCACAUGACUCCAGGAAUGAAGAUAUAUAUUGAUCCGUUCACAUAUGAGGACCCCAACGAGGCUGUGAGGGAGUUUGCCAAGGAGAUUGAUAUAUCCUGCGUGAAGAUUGAACAGGUCAUUGGUGCAGGAGAGUUUGGAGAGGUGUGCAGCGGUAACCUGAAACUCCCAGGUAAAAGGGAGAUGUUUGUUGCCAUAAAAACUCUGAAGUCUGGCUACACUGAAAAGCAAAGGCGGGACUUCCUCAGCGAGGCCAGCAUCAUGGGCCAGUUUGACCAUCCUAACAUCAUUCACCUGGAGGGCGUGGUCACCAAAAGCAGUCCUGUCAUGAUCAUCACUGAGUUCAUGGAGAAUGGCUCUCUGGACUCCUUCCUCAGACAAAACGACGGGCAGUUUACUGUGAUCCAGCUCGUUGGUAUGCUACGUGGCAUCGCCUCAGGCAUGAAAUACCUGGCGGACAUGAACUAUGUGCACCGUGACCUCGCUGCCCGAAACAUCCUGGUCAACAGCAACCUUGUGUGCAAGGUGUCGGACUUUGGUCUCUCACGCUUCCUGGAGGAUGAAAAUUCAGACCCCACCUACACGAGCGCUCUGGGAGGGAAGAUUCCUAUCCGAUGGACUGCCCCCGAAGCCAUCCAGUACAGGAAGUUCACCUCUGCUAGUGACGUGUGGAGCUACGGGAUCGUCAUGUGGGAAGUCAUGUCCUACGGCGAGAGGCCUUACUGGGACAUGACCAAUCAAGAUGUCAUCAAUGCCAUAGAGCAGGACUACCGGCUGCCCCCACCGAUGGACUGUCCCAGCGCGCUGCACCAGCUGAUGUUGGACUGCUGGCAAAAGGACCGCAACAACCGGCCCAAGUUCAGUCAGAUUGUCAACAACCUCGACAAGAUGAUCCGCAAUCCCAACACGCUAAAGGCCAUGACCCCGUUGUCUUCAGGUGUGCAUCUCCCCCUCCUGGACCGCAGCAUCCCCGACUUCUCCAGCUUCAGCACUGUGGACGAGUGGCUGGAUGCCAUUAAGAUGGGCCAGUACAAAGACAACUUCGCCAGCGCUGACUUCUCUACAUUUGAUGUGGUGUCCCAGAUGACUAUGGAGGACAUCCUGAGGGUUGGUGUGACGUUAGCAGGCCAUCAAAUAAAGAUUCUCAACAGCGUCCAGAUGAUGCGGGCAACAGAUGAACCAGAUCCAGUCAGUGGAGGGAGGGAAGAUUCCUAUCCGAUGGACUGCCCCCGAAGCCAUCCAGUACAGAAGUUCACCUCUGCUAGUGACGUGUGGAGCUACGGGAUCGUCAUGUGGGAAGUCAUGUCCUACGGCGAGAGGCCUUACUGGGACAUGACCAAUCAAGAUUUAUGCGUGGCUUUGAAAGGGGGUGAUUCAGAAUACACGGACAAACUGCAGCACUACACCAGCGGCCACAUGACUCCAGGAAUGAAGAUAUAUAUUGAUCCGUUCACAUAUGAGGACCCCAACGAGGCUGUGAGGGAGUUUGCCAAGGAGAUUGAUAUAUCCUGCGUGAAGAUUGAACAGGUCAUUGGUGCAGGAGAGUUUGGAGAGGUGUGCAGCGGUAACCUGAAACUCCCAGGUAAAAGGGAGAUGUUUGUUGCCAUAAAAACUCUGAAGUCUGGCUACACUGAAAAGCAAAGGCGGGACUUCCUCAGCGAGGCCAGCAUCAUGGGCCAGUUUGACCAUCCUAACAUCAUUCACCUGGAGGGCGUGGUCACCAAAAGCAGUCCUGUCAUGAUCAUCACUGAGUUCAUGGAGAAUGGCUCUCUGGACUCCUUCCUCAGACAAAACGACGGGCAGUUUACUGUGAUCCAGCUCGUUGGUAUGCUACGUGGCAUCGCCUCAGGCAUGAAAUACCUGGCGGACAUGAACUAUGUGCACCGUGACCUCGCUGCCCGAAACAUCCUGGUCAACAGCAACCUUGUGUGCAAGGUGUCGGACUUUGGUCUCUCACGCUUCCUGGAGGAUGAAAAUUCAGACCCCACCUACACGAGCGCUCUGGGAGGGAAGAUUCCUAUCCGAUGGACUGCCCCCGAAGCCAUCCAGUACAGGAAGUUCACCUCUGCUAGUGACGUGUGGAGCUACGGGAUCGUCAUGUGGGAAGUCAUGUCCUACGGCGAGAGGCCUUACUGGGACAUGACCAAUCAAGAUGUCAUCAAUGCCAUAGAGCAGGACUACCGGCUGCCCCCACCGAUGGACUGUCCCAGCGCGCUGCACCAGCUGAUGUUGGACUGCUGGCAAAAGGACCGCAACAACCGGCCCAAGUUCAGUCAGAUUGUCAACAACCUCGACAAGAUGAUCCGCAAUCCCAACACGCUAAAGGCCAUGACCCCGUUGUCUUCAGGUGUGCAUCUCCCCCUCCUGGACCGCAGCAUCCCCGACUUCUCCAGCUUCAGCACUGUGGACGAGUGGCUGGAUGCCAUUAAGAUGGGCCAGUACAAAGACAACUUCGCCAGCGCUGACUUCUCUACAUUUGAUGUGGUGUCCCAGAUGACUAUGGAGGACAUCCUGAGGGUUGGUGUGACGUUAGCAGGCCAUCAAAAGAAGAUUCUCAACAGCGUCCAGAUGAUGCGGGCACAGAUGAACCAGAUCCAGUCAGUGGAGGUUUGACCCUCCCGAGCGGAGCAGAGGGGGGAAGAAAAAGCGGUUGGGGUGCAGGGCUCUGGGUGUGGGGGAUGGAGUGGAUGUUUUUUCGCGUUACAGUGUGUCUGGCCUUCCCACCAGACUACCAUUCAUCCCCUGUUCCCCUCUCCACCUCCCUCUCUCCUCCUCUUAUCCCCUCACCCUGACUCUCUCUCCAUCAUGGGAUCAGCCGUGGAGAGUUGUGGAAACAAAAGUGCAAGUGAUGAGGCACCAGAGGGCCCACAGCCAACCCUUCUUUGGAGCCAGAAACAUGGGAGGUUAGACGUGACCAGCAACACAUUUUUCAAUCUUCCACCGAUUCUCAUUUGAUGUUAUUAAACUUUUUCUUUUUGCUUUGUUUGUUCUGAUAAUUUUGUAAAGAAUUUUUUAAAGGAAAAAAAGAAAAAAAACGGAGAAAAGGCAAGGAGUUUAUCUAAAUUUAUAGAUGAUAUAAGCUUGUACACUAGACGGACUGAGUAGGAAAGCUACCCUUUAAAAGGGCAAAAAAACAACAAAAAAAAAACAAGGAAGAGCCGAGGAGACGAGGAGACGAGGAGACGAGGACAUCCUCCACAAGGUGCGGAUAAUGUCUUUGCAUCUUUUUUAAUUUUGGACAUCAUGAGGAAUCACAGAGUUGUCUGUGGCCUUCAGAAAGGCAAACCGACGUGCUCUCCCAACUGUUUCCCCAGGAGAGAAAAUAUGUUUUAAAAACCAUCAAAUGGACAACAUUUGGCAUGGACUGAUGUCAAAAACAUAUUCAUUCAUUCAGACGAUUCACACUCAAGAAAAAGAAAAAGAAAAAACCUUUCUUUUCUCAUUGCAAGUCAUUUUCUAUAUUGUGUGAAAUUUUGUGAUGAAGAAUUCCGUCUCACCAUGCUUCCUCUCGCUAUAGACAAAAUGACAAGUUUGUUUUUCUUUCUUUCACAGUGAAGUAUUCACAGCCUGCCAAAUAUAACUCUUCCCUCUUUGCACCCCGUACGAUGAUCCUGUACUGUACAUAUCAGAUGCACUUGACCUGCCAUAACGCGAUGACUCAGAAACAGUUGCAACUAAUCAGUUCAGGAGCAGAAGAAGUGAUGGAAGAGAGGAUUUAAGUUGUUGUCACCAUCCUGUUCUUUCUUUAUUUUGUGAAGAAAAAAAAAAAACCUUGUGGAGAAAACAAAACAGCAAACCAACGUCCUACACAGAUUCACACAAAAUGAAACAGGUUCUACUGUUUACAUCAGAGUCCACAUACAUACAGUUAGUCCCGUUAUAGCAUCCUCCUUCAUCCCCGUCUGUGCAUACGUGCGCACGUCGCACACACACACACAUACCACGUGCGCGAGGAAGCAGUGGCUCCCGAAGCGUCGGGCUCGUGUUUGAUAGCAUGCUGAGUGAGUGGUUAAUUUCACAGUGCUUUGAUUUGCUGCAAUUACUAAAAACUCUGUUUGGUAAGAGCUUGGAUUUGACCCACUUUACAGAUUAUAAUGUGGCUGCAUUAUAUUCAGUGUUUCUUCUUCUUCUUCUUCUUCUUCCAGUUUUCCUUUUGAAAAGAAAUGUUUAUGUUUAAAGUAUUAAAGUUUUGAUACCACACACGGUUAUUUUACACACAUACAUAAUCAUGAAUAGAUUUUACAAUCAGGCGUUUGUUGAAUUAAAAAACAAAAAAUGCAACGUGUUAUAUUUUUGCAAUUUCUGUAUGGAUAUUAUUGAAUUGUUAUUACUUUUUUUUUUCUGCACUGAGUCUAUUGUUUGACUCCACUCUGGAUCUUCCAUCAAUGCUUAGACAUUUAUUAUAACACAUGAAUCAUGUUGGUGCAAAAGAACAUGUAGAUAAACAGCAGCAUUUCCCUGUGAAUGGUAUUGAUUUGAUUUUAUAGACAGUAUAUGCAUUUAUCGUAUGGCCUCCUGUGAGCAUUGCUGUCUCUUGCUUUGUCAUCGGUAACCUGUGUUAUGCGGGGGGGAAAGAUGGAGUUCGUAGCAAUGCUUCCCUGGAGACGCUGAAGCAGGCGGGGUUUUAUGUACACAAGCCAGUAAACGAUAUCAGCAGUGCAGAGAUCUUACUGCGCUCUGCGCCGAGACCUGACAGCCAGACAUGGACGUCCAGCUGUGAGCUAUCGGUCAGAUGUGUCCGGUCACAGCGGGGCGGCCGCACCCCGAUCACAGCCGCUCGGUCCAGGCACUGAUUCUCCCUCUCUCCCCUUGAUCACAUACAUGCCUGUCGGCCACCUGUCUGCCGCUCCCACUGAUCUCCUCACAGUCGGCUUUCAGCAGUUGUCUGGUUUCGUCUCUGCAACUUUAUAAGCAUCAACUGCAGCAGGCGAACUGACACUCAUCAGUGGGGCAGUUGUGUCUUGUCCCGUCCUGAUGCUGCAUGCCACUGAGUAUGUGAAGAAGGGGAAGAAAAAAAGAAGGAGACAGGACAAUGCUUCCAUGUUCGCUCGAACCAAAUCCUCAGACUUAACCUGAGUUUUUGUGGCGUCGCAGACAGCUUUAGCACCAAAGCCCUGAGAGAAAGUGAGAGACCUCAGUUACCGCACCCCUGUCGUCUUACUCUUCAUUAUCCCCGGCUCUCCGGAAGAUUUUGUAUUCUCUUUCUGCUCCAUAAUCCUCUCCGUGGUUAUUUUCAUCUGCAGUGCGACACAUCAGAAGAGAUGUUUCCCUGGAAGCUUUUGUAACAUAUGAAACUGGGAGGAGGACAAUCACGAGCUGUUAGUCAUAGCUGAGAGGCGAGUGAGACGUGCUGCUGUGACCUAAAUGCCACUGAUGCCAACGUGCAGUUUGCUUUAUAACUGAUCUUUCGACUGUCUUCCUUUUUCCAUCUCUCUAUACUUAACAGCUCAUCAGUUUUGUCUUGUGAGGCUGCACGUCUUCUCAUGGUAUGACAAAUAUUCCACCGUCAGGAAAAACGCUUAAUGUUGUCUAAGAAAUGAAUCUAAAGUAUACACAAGGCUGGAGAGUUUCCUGCUCCGACCCCAUUAAAGCUCAUUCAGACGCUUGUCCGUGGACGCUGCCAAGACUUUGAGUUAUUAAUCAAGCAAUUAUCCUUGAACUUUGUUUCAAGGAACUACCUUAAACAGGAUGGGCAGGCAUGCUUAUUACCAGACAUUAAAUAUUGCUGAAGUUGACUUUCAGUAGGAUUCUUUUUGUUGAAGUCCUUCUGAAGGGUUAGUUUGUCCUUUUGCAUUUUUAUCUGGAGGAUCUUUUAAGAAAGCCUUUUGAUUUGAAUGUGGAGCGUUUGAAAGCGCUGCAUUAAGUAUUUAUGUAUCUUAUGAUUUUGAUUGCAAAAAAAGAGACGUAUUGUUGCAGUUCGAGCUGAGCAAUGAUAGCAGGGGGAGGGGGGGGGGGGGGGCACUUCACGCACUUAUGUCAAGUGUUUCAAGUGGUUCUAACUUUUAACAGCAGACUCGCUGCUUUCUUUACACCAAAAGCACAAGCUGUGAAAAAAAGUGCGUCCAAAUUCUAGAGCAGGGGGGUCAAACUCCCUUUAGUUCAGGGGCCACAUGCAGCACAAUCUGAUCUCAAGUGGGCCGGUCCAGUAACAUCACAGCAUAAUAACCUUUAAAUAACAACAACUCCACAUGUUUCC